UACUGGCAACUCUGUGACGGCGUCAUUCGUGUAAAAUUUAUACCACAGUGCGGACGCGUCUUUUAUAUAUUUCAAAGACCACUAAAUUUCGAUUUAGUUGCUACAAUCAUUCCACGCAAAAUAAAUAAAUACGUGCCUUGUGCAUUUACCACACGCAAUUUAACAUAUUAAGAAAAAUCGAUUAAAUACAAUAAGAAAAAUGGCUGGUGGCAAAGCGGGCAAAGAUUCGGGUAAAGCCAAAGCGAAGGCAGUUUCACGUUCGGCGCGCGCGGGUCUUCAGUUUCCCGUCGGUCGCAUUCAUCGUCAUUUAAAGAGCCGCACUACGUCGCACGGUCGCGUUGGUGCCACUGCCGCUGUUUACUCUGCCGCCAUCUUGGAGUACUUGACUGCUGAGGUUCUGGAAUUGGCAGGCAACGCAUCGAAAGAUUUAAAAGUGAAACGUAUUACGCCGCGUCAUUUGCAAUUGGCAAUUCGAGGAGACGAGGAAUUGGACAGUUUGAUUAAGGCAACAAUUGCAGGAGGCGGUGUCAUUCCGCAUAUACACAAGUCGCUGAUUGGAAAGAAGGAGGAAACCGUUCAGGAUCCGCAGCGGAAGGGAAAUGUCAUCCUGUCGCAGGCCUACUAAAUACCCUUACUAAAUACCCUUCAUCUCUUGAGCUUCUUCUUUUCUUGAUCAUUUCGGAAUACAAAUUUUACAAUCUAUGUUUAAUAAUUACAAACAAAUAUAAUUAAAUAUAUAUAUACGACGCAUUGUAAGAAUUAUGUGUUGGCGUCCAAGCAUAAUUAUCUAUUACAACAACAACAAAUUUCCCAACAACAACAUACACUCACACAGACACACAUACACAAACAAAUGUAAACUUAAUUGUCAAGUAAAAGUAAACAAAAUGCAAUGUUAAAAAGGGGAAAGAGCCUAAAACGAAAGCAAAACUUAAUUUAGAGCAAAGUAAAUUACACAAAUACAUCUACAAUUAAUAAAAACUUUAAAUAAAAAAACAAACAAACAAAAUAACGAA